AUGUUCUGGCCGUAUCCAGUAUUUCACUGGCCUGUAAAACCUGAGGGGAUACGUUCUGCCUCUGGAGUUGUCGAUGUAAUAGUCGUUUCUAAAAUUUUACCAACCUUUACUAAUUUUUUAUAUAUUCCUUAUAUGUUUGAGGCAUUAAUCAUGGUUUAUGUGGGAUUUUUAAGAACCAAUUUAUUGGAGGAUUUUUUUACUGCUGUUAAAUUUUUCAAAUAUUUUCAAUUUACAUUUUCACAAAAGAAACAUGCAGAGGAAGCUUUAUUUAAAGCUUUAAAAACUGUUGCCUCAGAAAAUGGUGUUCUAGCCAAGAAAGCAAAAAGCUUUUUAGCUGUUCUUGACAAACAUAUUCAUUCUGCACCCGUACAGCAAUUUUGGUAUAGUGUUUAUCUACAAAAUGAGAAAAAUAAAAGUCAUACUGCACAAGCUCUACUGCAAGAACAAGAGAUACAGGAAACAUGUCAUAUAAAGUCUAAUGUGUUGAAGGAGCAUAUAAUUGAGAACUCAGAAGCUAUUCACCAGUUUAUUAUGAAAGAGAGUUCAUCAUCCGACUCAGAGAUAGUACCUAUUUCUCUUAUAAAUGUUUUUCAUGAAAUUUCUGAUAAAUCCGAGAAGAAUCUAGACAAGACAGCUGAAUUAGAAACAUCUUCAGCAUUAACAAAGGAGGUGAAUGAUAAAAAACAAAAAACAAAAAAUCAAUACAUCACUCGUGAUCUAGUAAAAGAAGUUCUUGAUGCAUAUCAGAUGUGUAUCUUGGCUGGUGAAAAAUUAAUUCAUAAUGGCAUAAAUGUGCUAGACUUUACUCACUCAACAAAUGAGAUUAAAAAAGGUCCACUUUCUAUUGGCAUAAUAAAUAUCCACAAUGCUGAUUGUACAAAAUAUUUACCUGAUGACUUUAAAAAAUAUAUUGCAAAUCAGCUACAAGACCCCGAAAUCAAGGCUAUAAAAUUUUCAAAUGGAAGAACUAUUAAUAAGCUUCAUGUUGAUUGUGAGGAAGAAGUGUUGCAAUUCCUGGAUAAGUUCGAUCAUGUAAUGAAUUUGGAGUCUUUGGGAAAACAUCUGGUCAAAAAUUCAAUCAGUUAUUUUUCUGUGUCAAAUGAUCUGAUAUAUGUUCAGAACCUCUUUCACCACUUCUACUUUUUAUAUAAAAAUGACAUCUUGCUUCAACCUAUGUCCGAAUAUGAGUUUAAUGCAUAUAUUUGGACCUCCUUAUUAAGAAAUGCGUUUCUGGAAAAAAUGGAUAUGAAAUUAAGUUACGGAGAAUUGGCCUCGAGAUCAUAUAAUAAAUUAAAAGAAAUCUUAAAUGUUGCUGGAAAUAGUGGCCCAAAGCUUGACGGAAAGGGAUUUUUGAAAUCAUUAGGUACUGAAGUAUUAGCACAAGAGGAUGGAGUCCUUAAUACGCAUGGCAAGAGAACCAGCGAUCUUAAAAAGUUGGAAUAUUGUACAAAAAUAAUCUUGACCGUUUUAUAUUUUGCACUUCCUACUACUGCAAAACUUAAAGUUAGUGAUAUAGAAACGUAUAGCUUACAAUCCAAUGGAUUUCAACUCACAAUCUCUGCAUCUAAAUAUUUAUUUGAAAACACUAUUAUAACAGUUGAUUUACAAGACAUUGAGGUACCAAGGACCGUAGAAGGAUUUUCUAAACUUGUAAAGGCGGUGAAAAUUAUCUUAUCAUGGAAAGCCAGGACUAGAAGAAAUACAGAAACGUUUUAUGAAGUGUUAAAAAAGGGUCAUGAAUGCCUAAAAAAUGGGGUAUUUUUUAGGCCAAAAAAAAUGGCUAUAGUUUAA